AUGAAUAGCUGGCGGUCUUCGAGUAACACGGGCGACGAUCCGUCGUCCAGUCCAUAUACAGCCAACAACGGCUGGCCGACACCUCGGACCGUGACCAGCAGUCAACCUUCUCCUCGUCGCGAAUAUGCCAUUCAGCCGCCUCCUCUAACCACUGCUUUCAACAAUAACCCCCAAUUCCAGGGACUCGGUGUUGGACUCGGUGCGGGUUACGCAUCAACUCCUCUUUCGACCACAUCCUUAUCCAGCCCGUUCACUCAAUCUCCUGCUGUGAAUUCUGCGACUGGUGCAGCUCCAGGAUCGUCUCCCAUGGCGGCCAGACAGUAUAAUGUCCCUUACAAUAAUGUUCCUUACAAUCCUCAGGACUGGGGGCCACUCAAUAAUGGCCCGAUGAAUGCGAACCAGCCGGCAUAUUCCUCGUCGGGCAGCAUGCUGCGGAUCGUGCCACACCAGCGAGCACCUCAGUCAGAAUUGUCGCCACCACCUCCACCGUAUUCUCCUCCUAGUCAACAACAGCAGGCGGAUCUUGCAGCUCACACAACGCCGGUCCUUGAUUCCACGUCUCCCAACACCGGGUCGCCAUAUCUAGGUACAAGCCGGCAACAGUCAAUACCUCGCACACGUCCACUCUCGACGGUCCGUGGGGAUGGCGGCCACAACAGACAGGUUUCUCUUCCCCCACCUCCACCUUUACCACAUGGGGCUCCGUCCUCAAGGUCAUCUUCCCAUAAUCGGGCAGAGGUAUACCACGACCAAUCUCAGUAUAAUUCAGGAUCUCGGCCUUAUAUAAUGGUUUCGGAGGAUAACUUGCAGCAUACUCAAAUGAACGGCUACACAUAUACAAAUGGCGUACAACGCGAUGAAUUCGGCCGUGCUCCAAGUGCUAGACGGGCGGUGUCUGCUGGUCCUGUUGUAGGAAGCGCAAGCACGUCGAGGGCUACAAGUCAGUCGAGAAGCGGAUCACCCCAGGGACCAGCCUGGGAGCCAGGCAUGCCUCUCCCCCCACCUCCUCCAGGACCGCCCCCAGUUCCACGAUCGCAGAGCGUGAGCGGGUUAGGUGAUGCGUCCUCAUCUCGUAGCGCGCAGUCAUUCACCAGGGUUUCACGCCAGCCUCCGUCUCUAGGAACGGGGCUAGGGAGUAUCCCACCGACACCCGCUGGAUGGGUUGAUGAAGGCCCGGCCGACACAACGUCAAGGGGGAAAGCUCCGCUCAACAUAGACACAUCAAAUCAAGCAAUUUCUCGAGAUCUCAACGGCUCUGCGUCAAACGAAGCUUCGAACUCUUCCCGGAACUCCACUAGUGGUGGCCUUUUUCGCAGCCCUGCGGUUCGCGAUACCAGCGCGAAGGGAAUCCGAGAGCGAAGAAUUGAGCGACGGAACAGGCAAAGCCAGAUAUUGGACGACUUUAGCGCAGUGUCAAACAGCACCAAUCCAUGGGCUGAUGCACUGGAUCUAGUGAAGCCCUCUAAUCUCGUCCUCGAGGACCAACAUGCCGAACAGUCGCGUUCAGAUGCGGCGACGAGGUUCACUCCGCGCAGCAAUCACAGCGUCACCUCGGAUAUGCCCACUUCCCAAUCACGAGCAUCAUCGACGAGCCUCUUCUCAGCAAACCGCUCACCCUUCUCUACAGCGCGAGCUGAGCCGAGUCCCCUUGGGCCACCAUCGAACAGAUACGCUCAAACACCGCCCUUUUCGCCGAAUGCUGAGCAUUCGUCCACCUUCCCUAAGAGCGCAUCACAGACGGUCCCUCCGAAAGCCCUCCCAACUCCUCCGCUGCAAUCUGCGCAAGACUCGCGACCAUCUUCGGGCCUUGCACGCAGAGAGGAACGACCGGUAUCACAUAUUCUUCAUCUACCGAACGAUGCUGUAAGCUCGCCGACUUUGCUACCGCGGCGAUUGUCAACCCGUAGUGGGCAGUCGCUGGAUUCGGUUGUCAAUCAGGACACAGAGCUUAUCCAAGCCGCGACGCGGAGGCACAAGGAGUUCAUCGAAAAAGAAGCUAGCGCUACAGAUGAAGCAGAAGCCCUACGGCUCUUUACAGAGUUCAUGAUUACGGAAUCUCAGAUUCGGCGUGAGAGAUAUGCUAAAAUUUUCGAGUCUGGCUCCUUCAACGCGGAACCGGUCCAACAACGACUCUUCCAACUACCGCCGAAACCAGCACCCGUGCCGGCAGCGGCCCCAUUAAACAGACGAUCAUUUAAAGCACCUAAAUUGGACAUUCCCCGCGGAGAAUCGUCGUGGAAUAACUACCAGCCCUGUCUUUCGCCAAUUGCGAGUCUCGGGAUCAGCAACGAUGAGAUGAGCUCUCGUGGACGUGCACCUAGUCGAUGGUGGGAAUCAAGAACGGGGUCGGGCAGUGAAGGAGGUGAACGUAGAGUUCAACGUUCGAAGCGCGAGUCAAAAUACAUGGGAUUACCGCUUGGGCUCCGAAGUCAAGGUUCGACCGGUAAUGGAAGUGUUGAUCAUUCCUUCGACCACUUCAACCAAUAUUCAGCAUAUGGACCGGAUGAAUAUCCGCCUGAAAAAGUGGGAUGGCAUGAGGAUCAGACGAUUCCUGAGUAUCCUCCCCCUGCGAGCGUGAGCAGCUACAGCGCUUCCACCGCUGAACCAUGGCGAAUGGACGUCUCGCGGCUUAUCACACUUCCACCUCCUUAUCCACGGCACUAUCCUGCCGUCAAUAACAGCCACCCGGAGCUUGUAACAUACCGAACAGUAGUGCGGUCAAUCAGCGACCACUCCGAGAUCAAGUCCACCCGACAACGCCAUGCCUCGGAUUCGGAAGCCCUAUGGGCUGCCCACCACCAGCGCAUCAAGGAAUACCGCCGCCAAUUCAAAACCAACAUCCAGAGCCAGAUUCAAGACGGCAGCAUCAGCUUCGCCGAAGCCGCCGAGGCAGAAGCGGCCCUCAUUGAGGAUGAAAAUCAGCGCGAGCGAGCCCUAACAAAGCAGAUCCUCGACACAUACCAGGAGUCUGUGCUCAAGCCCUUGCAGGCAAUCCUCACUGACCGCAUCGACCGCGCAACCGUCUGCAUCGACGAACUUCGCAGCAAGCUGUUCGAUGACGCACAGCAUGAGACACCCGACCAACCUCAGGAAGAGGGCGACGAGAAACCCGAACUCCUGGAGAAACUCACCCAGCUCAAAUGGCUCUUCGAAGCCCGCGAGCAGCUUCACCGUGAGAUGUACGAUCUCAUCAGUGCCCGCGAUGAACAGUACAAAGCGGUCGUCAUCCUCCCUUACAAGCAGAAGAACAUCGAGGACAAGAUCCGCAGCACGACAGACUUCUUCAUCCGCGACGCUCUGGAUCGCCGUGCGAACUACGAAGUGAAUGCCCUCGCCCGUCUUGAAUCGUUUCAAGAAGUCAUCGAGGAGAAUGUCGUCCGCGGCGUGGAGAUGCAACUCUCCGCCUUCUGGGACAUCGCUCCUUCCCUCUUAACGCUAGUACAGCAACUACCUGAAAACAUGAGCGGGUUCCAGGUGCAGAUCCCGCCUAACGAGUACGAGGAGAAUCCCAGCUACCACGCACACCCAUUGCAGUACCUAUACACACUCGUCUCACAUGCCGAAAAGUCGAGCUACCAAUACAUCGAGUCCCAAAUCAACCUCCUCUGUCUGCUCCACGAAGUGAAAUCCGCCGUGAUGCGAGCGAACUGCAAACUCACCGAGACCGAGCGGAUCCGCCGCGGCGAGCUCGAGGACGCAGUCACACGGGAAAUGCAACAUUUCCGCGCGAGCGAGGAACGCUCGCUAACAAACGACUUGAAAGAGAAAGUCGCCACAGUCGAAGAGCAAUGGGCCGAGGCACUGGGAAGCCAGAUCCAGGCGCUGAGGGAGCGGGUGAGGGAUCAAUUGGAAAGGGAGGAUGGGUGGGAAGAUCUAGAGCAGCUGGAACAGGCUUGA